AUGGCGCCGACUCUCUCCGCCUCGGCAGCAGCCAUGCUCGCCAAACGCCAGCUUGCCCGAGCUCCGGCCUCUACCAGCUCGCUCAUGAUGGCGACGAGGAUGCUGGCCACUCCCUACCAGCAGCAGCGGGGAUAUGCGACUCCCAAGGGACCCCCGCCACAGAACUUCCGAACGAGCAAGCAGGUCGAGUGGGUGUGGGAAAAGGACAGCUUGUUGGACCGGCUGGGCAAGUACUUCCUCAUGACCGAGAUGGCCAGAGGAAUGUACGUCCUGCUGGAGCAGUUCUUCCGACCACCCUACACCAUCUACUACCCAUUCGAAAAGGGCCCCAUUUCUCCCCGAUUCCGUGGCGAACACGCGCUGAGACGAUACCCCUCUGGUGAAGAGCGAUGCAUUGCUUGCAAGCUCUGCGAGGCCAUCUGUCCUGCCCAAGCCAUUACCAUUGAAGCCGAAGAACGUGCUGAUGGCUCUCGCCGCACUACCCGCUACGAUAUCGACAUGACAAAGUGCAUCUACUGCGGUUUCUGCCAGGAGUCCUGCCCCGUCGACGCCAUCGUGGAGUCUCCCAACGCAGAGUACGCGACUGAGACCAGAGAAGAGCUGCUGUACAACAAGGAGAAGCUGCUGUCCAACGGAGACAAGUGGGAGCCUGAACUUGCUGCCGCCAUUCGCGCAGAUUCACCUUACCGAUAA